CACCAGACCUGUGAGGGACACUCUUCUGAAAGUGGAUUUUAAAGAAAAAGCAGCUGAUUGCUGCAGACUCCAGCAGGAGAUUUUAAAUUUGGAAACAGUGAAAUUGUUUCAGAGUUACCUGUGGGGAAGAUGAUGUUUGACCUUCUUGAACCGCUGCAGUCUGUGUGGUGAAGAUGCUCCAACAAUGAUGUUAGGAUAUUAGAAGUGGAGGAUUUGCAGUUGGGAAACUCAAACCAAACAUCGCAAGAGGAUCUGACGGAGUCGUCCAAUUUAUUGUAACCUGAAUAUCAUCGGAUUUUAAACAUGGAAGGAAAAAGUACCAUCCACAAUAGAGAGAAACCAUGGAAAUGUGAGGACUGUGGGAAGGGAUUCAGUUACCAGUCUAAGCUGGAAACUCAUCGACGCACUCACACUGGGGAGCGGCCGUUCACCUGCUCUGAAUGUGGGAAGGGAUUCACUCAGUCGUCCACGCUGCUGACACACCAGCGAGUUCACACUGGGGAGAGACCAUUCACCUGCUCCAAAUGUGGGAAGGGAUUCAUUAAUUCAACCAACUUGCUGACACACCAGCGAGUUCACACUGGGGAGAGGUUGUUCAGCUGCUCUGAAUGUGAGAAGCGAUUCACUCGGUCAGCUGACCUGCUGACACACCAGCGAGUUCACACUGGGGAGAGGCCAUUCACCUGCUCUGAAUGUGGGAAGGGAUUCACUCUGUCAUCUGACCUGCUGACACACCAACGAAUUCACACCGGGGAGAGGCCAUUCACCUGCUGCAUGUGUGGAAAGGGAUUCACAAGAUCAACCCAUCUACUGAGACACCAGCAAGUUCACACAGAUGAGAGACCUUUUAAAUGCUCGGACUGUGACAAGUGCUAUAAAAGUUCUGGGGACCUGAUGUCCCAUCGACGUGCUCACACUGACGAGAGACCAUUCAGGUGCUCUCACUGUGGGACUGGGUUCAGGCGAUCAUCUGACCUCAUUGCACACCAGCGCAUUCAUACUGGGGAGAGGCCUUUCAUCUGCUCAAAGUGUGGGAAGGGAUUCACUCAGUCAUCCAACCUGCUGAGACACCAGCAAGUUCACAAUGGGAAGAAACCAUUCACCUUGCCAUUGUGUGGAAAGGGAUUCACUCAGACAGUCACCUUUCUAACACCCCAUCAAGUUCUCACUGAGUGACAGAAGGGAUUCACUCAGCCAUCCUAUUCGCUGAAACAACAGCAAGUUCACAGUGUGGAGGGACAUUUAAAUGCCCAUAUCAUGGGAAAUCCUGCAAAGGUUCCUGGGAAGUGAUAUCCAAUCAAAAUGUUCACAUCGCCAGGAACUGUUCAGGUGCUCUCACUUUAGAACUGGGUUCAGGAUUUUAUCUCAACUCACUGUACACCAUAAACUAGUGAGUUCAUAGUGGGGAAAGGCCGUUCACCUGCUGUGGGAAGGGAUUCGCUCACUUAUCCCACCUGCUAGUCACUAGUGACUUCACAAGUAACUACAGUAAUUGAAUUUUGCUGUUAAUCACAUCCAGGACUGAACCAUGUUCAUUGGAAUCUGUUGAUGCUGAUGUUCAUCAACACCAGCCCUGUUAUGGGUGUUAAUAUUGAGGAUAAAUGUCAAAUAA